AUGGCGUUUGCCAAUAGUAUUCAUACUGAGCCAGGACCAGACACGAUUUUUGCCAGGAUCCGUCCCAGCAACGACCAUGCCAUAAAACACUUUCACGAGGUCGCAGAGUCCAUGGUAUUCAAGCUCCUUGGACACCAAAAGAAUUUUGUCAGGAUAAACUUGGACCAGGUACAGCUAGGAAGGGCGCCAGGGCAUUCGCAACGCUGGGUGAAUUGGUCACCUUCCAUAAACCCCGAUUUGGCACGGCUGGUCUACACCGGAGAAUUCGUUCUGUAUCUUCGACCAGACCCUCCUAUACGACACAACAAGUGGCGGAUUGGUGGGGUGCAUUAUAUAGACGCAUUUGUGUACGAGCGAGGGGAAACGGUCUCAGACCUUUUGCUCUGGGAUAAAGACGAACCCCCCGAGGAAUACCAUGAAGCUGAGUUCGCCUUCGACAAGCCAAGUGGGAUAUUGACUCUUCGAGGCCGCUGUGACCCAGCAUCAAAAAGUGUGAUUCUAGACAACUGCGAUGCAUCGAAUAGCACACGGCUGCUCAACGAACACUCCCACAAGCUUCAAUUCGGACGUUGUGAAUAUACUUUCCGGUACGAGUUUGGGGAGACAAGCCCCUAUGAGUUUCCUUUUCAACAGGAUAAAACCGCAUUCUUUUCGCAACGGCUCAAAAUUGGCCCACCCAUCUUUUGGACGUCCGCAACCCCAACAAUUAGCUUUCCCAAAGUCAAGGAUUGGGUAAUCCACCGAAAUAUUGCGAGUGGAGGCACGGGCGAUGUCCGAGCAGCAUCGAAAUCACCUCCGCAAUUUGCAGCUAUUAAGACAAUGGUACGUUUUGACGAUUCGUCAGCCAAGGUAGUCUCGCAUGAGAUAAAAACCGCUGUCCACGUCCGGACAUUGUUGAAAAACAAGCCGUGUCCCUUUAUUUUGAGGUUGAUAGAGCCAAAAUACGACCGAGAUCAAGAGGAAUGGGACGGAAAGAGCCCAGAGCAGGUUCAUAUCAUCUACACGCCUCUUUGUAACCAGACCUUUUUCGACUUGGUUACAAGGCGGGCUGCCUGGCCCGAGGACAGGCUCUCAUUACUGCACGAUGCCAUUCAGGGACUCGAAUGGCUGCACUUCAACGACCUUGUCCAUCGAGACAUCAAGUUGGCUAACCUGGGCAUUGUUUUCUACCCAAAACCUAGGGCAGUGAUUCUUGACUUUGACUGGAUGCGCCAAGGUACCGAAAAUAUCGCCCCCCAACAAGGCGGAGCCGGCACGCCAGAGUACAUGGCCCCAGAGGUAGAAUCACAUCCAUACAACGAAAAAGUAGAUAUCUGGUCUUUGGGAGUUGUCGCUUACCAAAUGUUCGUCUCCUACAAUCUACCUUGGAUGGCCGGCUACUUUGGAAAUCCGUGGAAAGAGGACCCAAUUUACGCAAGCUUGCCGGUGGAAAACGAUGGCACGCUGCACUUUGAUGAAGCCUGGGCUAACCGAUGCAUAGAUUAUACUAUUGCUAUGGGUGAUCUUGAAGAGGGCAGCACGACUGAUGUUAGGAGUCUCAUCCGGGAUAUGCUGCGUUGGAAAGUUCAAGAACGACCUAGUGCGCAAGAUUGUAGCCGCCAUCAGUGCUUUGCCUCUAGAGCUGGUAAUGCAGAGUAG